UUUUGGCUUGGCCUAUCAUCACACCUUCCAUGCCUCCUUAUAUAGAUGAAGUCUGGGCCCGUCGGCCCGCAGCCACUGAGGGUUCGGGAUUCCAUAUAACCUAACCAUAACACGACUUCACAUUUUGAAAUGUUGGAAUUAAAAUUUCGUGAUACUUGGAAAAAAGAACAAGAAAAUGCUGUUCAAAGCAAUUGCAAGCUCUUUGGCGUUGGCGGCCACAACACUGGCACAGACAACCCCAGCUGGAUUCACACCUGCGACGAACCAGACUUUGGACGUUUACUAUGGAUCAACUUAUAUCUCUCCCGGUUUGAUGGUGAAGAAGUCAUCUGUCGCAUCGAAGCCUGUCAUCGGAGUCACAGGGAUCGAAGUCUCUGGCAAGUACUUACUUGCUAUGAUCGAUAUCGAUGUCCAGGCACAAGGUGGAGGUUCUGGUCGCACUACUGUUCUGCACGCUUUGCUCCAGGACUACACUCCCUCUACACAGAAGCAGAACGGAAGCACGGUCCUCACAACAACGGCGAACACACCCUCGUCCUAUUUUGGCCCUGCACCACCGGCUGAGAAUCCUAAGCACCCACACAACUACGUCUUCUUGCUGCACAAGCAACCCGAUGGGUUCGCCGUUCCCUCUGCCCACAGGCAAGCUGUCUCCAGCCGAUUCGGCAUCGACUGGAACAAGUUCAUCGUGGACGCUAAGUUGAGCCCGCCUAUUGCUGGGAACUACCUCCAGGUUCAAAGUGGAGAUAACACCUUGAAGGGACGUAAACUGUAAGGAGAAUCGGCUGUCAAUGCUUGGUCAAGGUUGGCG